UCCUGCCUCUGGCUUCACUCGCCCCGUGCUCCUGAUUAUUUUUAAGCUGUCGAGACUGGCGGUGAAAUCCAGGUCAUCUCCGCCGGAUCACAGCCAGCGCGGCUCGGGCUUCUGCUCUCCGCGGACUCACAGUGCCAUUUCCUGAUUCCACUCUGCAGAGUGAGCUUGCGGUCUGAAGGAUGAGGUUGGGCGAAUUGAUUAGCACGCUGCUACGCUGAGAAGAGUUUAUCCACCCAGGACGAGCGGCAGAAACUACACAUUCCCUCCCAGAAUCAGCUAUCAAACAUCUUCUCUGAAUCAAGUACCUGUCUGGAUCUUUCCUCGCUCGCUCACACAGCUAUGGCUGGCUGGCUCUGGCUGGGAGGAUAAUCGGUGCUCUGGUUCCUGCUGAAUAGAGCCCUAGUCUCACUAAAACUUUUUAGCCCCCCUCCACCUUUCUUAGUUUAUUUGCUCUUUUGUGAAGGGCAGCGGCCGGAGCCAUGGACUUAUGAGAUGAGAAUGGCAGCACGGUGGCUGUUUGGCCCCCAGGAGCCCUCAGGCAAACGGAGCCAAUAACCUGGGUGCACAAUCACACUCAUACGGGCCGAGCGGCUGGAGCAGUAUGCAGGAGGCUGACCUACCGGCCACCAAUGCUUUCACAGAGUGCAGAUUCCUGUGCACUAACGGCAGAUGUCUGAACCUGGGCUCGCAGGUCUGUGAUCAACUCAACCACUGUGGAGACAACAGUGAUGAGGAGCACUGUCCCCUCUCCACCCAGCAUCCUGCAUCUGCCAUCUUCAGCUCUGAACUGGAGUUUGUGCAGAUCGUGAUCAUAAUCGUCGUGAUGACUGUGAUGGUCGUGGUGGUCGUGUGCCUGCUCAACCAUUACAAACUCACCACAUGGUCGUUCCUGAGCCGCGCUAGUCAGGCACAGAGUCAGGACCUCUCUCUUCAGCCGGAGGGUUCUCUGUGGCCAUCAGAUAAUGGGCUGAGACAUGGAGCAUCUGAGGUGAUGUAUGCUCCUCAGCCAAGGGACCGCUUCACCGCACCCACUUUCAUGCAGCAAAACCGCUUCAGACGUUUCCAGCCUACAUACCCAUACCUGCAGCAUGAGAUCGAUCUGCCGCCCACCAUCUCGCUGUCGGACGGAGAGGAGCCACCACCGUACCAGGGUCCCUGCACACUGCAACUUAGAGACCCCGAACAGCAGCUCGAGCUUAACCGAGAGUCGGUACGCGCCCCGCCGAACCGGACCAUCUUUGACAGCGACCUCAUUGACAUGCACAGUUCAGGAGGUGGAGGUGGGCCGCGGCCUCCCAGUAGCAACUCUGGGAUCAGCGCGGCCAGCUCCAGUACCCAUGGACACAUGGAGGGCCCUCCGCCCGCUUACAGUCAAGUAUUUGGGCAGCAGUCGGGCGUCGUACUUUACCUCCACCAGCACAGCAAUAACCCGCCCAUCCCCGUCACUGUGCAGACUCCUCCCAGGGGCCGGACGGAUUUAAACGGCACAGAGAGCACAAUAGCACUGAGCAAUGGCCAACAAAGGGAGGAGCUAGUGUGAGGGGGUGGAGCUAGCACACGUUUAGGCAAUUGCGAUCACUUUCCACCCAUAAAGGGAACAGGUUCUCCCUCUUGACACUCCCGUGCACAACAGAGCUUGAUGUUUUCGCGAAGAAAGUAAAGCCAGGUGUUGUUUUGUUUUUAAAUAACAAUAUGGAGCUGAGCUUACGAAAGAAAACAUUGCAUUUGUUUUCUAAGACCAGCUGCAUUAAAACUGGGGUUUAUGCACUGCC